AUGAUUGUUUUGAUAUCUUCCCUAGUCUUUCGGACUUUCUUGUUUUUGUUCUUGUUGGCAUGGAUAACAAAAGGCCAUAAACUCUAUCGUCAAACAGCACGUCUUGGUAGACCCAUGGUUUUCAAUGUGAUGCGUUAUGGAGCUAUUGAAGGAGGAAGAACUGAUAAUAGUCAGGCAUUUUUGAAAGCAUGGAGUGAAGCAUGUAAAUGGGAUGGAAGAGCAAAGGUUGUGAUUCCGGCCGGAACAUUCAAGUUGUUCCCAGUUGUAUUCUCAGGUCCAUGCAAGGGUAACAUGGCCUUUGUAAUCAAGGGAACUUUGUUGGCUUCUACUAGUCCAUCAGCAUUGAGUUCUGAAAAUUGGAUCAACUUUCGGAACAUUGAACAAUUAACUGUAGCCGGGGGAGGUACGCUGGACGGCCAGGGAGCCUCGGUUUGGUCUCUUAACGAUUGCAAAACUAAUCCCGGAUGCAAAGCUCUCCCAACUUCGAUGACUUUCGACUUCGUAACAAAUGCAAGUGUUCAUCACUUGAGAUCAUUCAACAGCCAAAAUGGUCAUUUCAAGGUUCAUGGAUGCCAGAAGAUGGACUUCGGAAACAUUAGAAUAUCGGCUCCUGAGGACAGUCCAAACACCGAUGGCAUAAAGAUUGGAAACUCAUACCGCAUCAGAAUUAGACGAACGAUCAUUGAGACCGGCGAUGAUUGUCUAGGAAUUUUGUCGGGAAGUCAAAAAAUCCACAUUUCUAAUGUCUUUUGCGGUCCCGGACAUGGAAUUAGCAUCGGAAGUCUUGGAGGGCAUAGUUAUACAGAAUAUGAUGUGGAGGGAAUUUUUGUGAAAAAUAGCGUUUUAAAAAAGACUGAUAAUGGUUUGAGAAUCAAAACAUGGGCUCGGGAUUCUCCAAAACCAUUGAAGGCUUCAAAUAUUGUGUAUGAAGAUAUUAACAUGAUUGAUGUCAAGAAUCCCAUUGUCAUCGAUCAACAAUAUUGUCCGAACAAUCAAUGCAAUCAACAGGCUUCUUCAUCAAAUGUGCAAAUCAGCGAUGUUACAUUCAGAAACAUAUGGGGAACCUCGUCUUCCCAAGAAGCAGUGACUCUGAAAUGCAGCAAAAGCAAGCCAUGCAAGAAUAUAGUGAUGGAGAAUAUCAAGUUACCUCAUACUGGUUCCAAAGGAGCUGCGACGACUUCCAUCUGUAAUAAUGUCAUCGGCAACUCUUAUGGCUCACACAUUCCUCCUAGUUGCAUAUAA